CCGUGCAGUGAAAAACAAAAUUGAGAUAGUGCAUUAUGUAAUUGUGGGCAAAAUCGUGUUCAAUUUCCGAUGCUAUGAACCACAUAUACUAUGACCACAGAUGUACAUAUUGAUUUACAAAUAUACAUAUAAAAGGCAAUCAAAUUUCAUGAUGAGUGUAAAGAAGGAUAGCGGCAUUGAAGAUAUUUCUCCACAAAGUAAAAGAUGCAGUUGAUCGGAUUUGUGGUUGUACUGCUGUUUGUACAGAGUGUGACAAGUGACGCAAUGGCUAAGAGAAAUUCUAAAUGGCCGAUUGUAAUGAUCAAGAGAAACUUUAAAUGGCCGAUUGCAAUGAUCAAGAGAGACUUUAAAUGGCCGAUUGCAAUGCACAAGCGAGGACCAAAUAUGAUUCCAAAUGUGCCAGAUUCUAUUACAGAUGAGGUACAGAGUGUGACAAAUGACGCAAUGGCUAAGAGAAACUCUAAAUGGCCGAUUGUAAUGAUCAAGAGAAACUUUAAAUGGCCGAUUGCAAUGAUCAAGCGAGGACCACCGAUAGACUACUGACUUCAAGUUGAUUUUUGAGGCAUACAGAAAAAUGGCGAAUAAGUGUGAAAUGGUGCAACUGCAUGCCUAAUAAUUUCACCAUUCAAUAAAUUUUCAAAGUUAAA